AAUUGCACUGCGCUGCUUGGUCUGCUUGGUGGGGGAGACGAUUCUUAUCCAACAAGAUGUGCUGGAGACGUCUUGGAUUUGUUCUUUUGGCUUGUUUUCCAAGAUUACUUCAUGCCAGCAGACCGGAUGCUGGAAAUGCUGGAGUUUCAACUGACAGUCAGAAACAACAGGACACUGGGGGAAUGUCUACCACCCCUGGCUUGAAUGAGGGAGACAUUAAACCGUUAUACACAAAGGUCGUACACUGUGGAGAACACCAACAUGUUGCAAACGGUGAUGUUGUGGAGCGGAAUGCUGUGUUUCUGAAAUACCAAUGUAAUGCCUAUUACGUACUAGUGGGUUCAGACACCGUGACGUGUAACAGCAAUGGCCGCUGGUCACAUUUACCCAUCUGCAAAGAAGCGUUUUGCUUCCUGGAUCCUGCUCGAUUGGCCAAUUUAAAACCAUCUGUAAAUUACUAUAUAAAGGAAGGAGAGGAGAAUUCUAUUCCAUGUAUUUGGGAUGAUGUUUCCAGAAAGGUUACGUGCAUCAAUGGAAAAAUGAUUUAUACCCUGUGUUGUACAGGUUAUGACCAUAAUCGUGGAGCUUGCUGUUGCGUUACAGAGGAUGAUGCAUGGUGGGAUCGUCCUUUUUCAGAGCCAAGAGGCUCCACCGGAAAACAACUGUACCCAAAAAUGUGUGAUUCCUGAUUGUAAAAAUGACAAAAUGGUGUUGUUAUCUCAACAUGGUAUCGAGUUCUGUCAAGACAAUAAGAGAGUAUCACAUUUCACCAAAGCAAAGUAUUGGCUGUGAACAGCUUUUACUUUACUCUUAGAACUCAUCCGAUUGAAUCGUGUAACAUAAUAGGUGUGUUUUAGAUGUCCUGUUGUAAAGACCUGCAUGAAUAAACAAUGGAGUUUAUUUUUCUGUGUA